AUGUCGGACGAGGAGGCAUCCUUCCAGCUACGGAUGUCAGACUCAGAUGCCGCGUCAUGUGAGGAGGGCUCCGGGGCGAUGUUUGGGCUUACGAGCAGGGAGGUUCUGUCCUUGCCACAAGAGAUGCAGUCCGUGCUGCAGAGUACGCAGGAGACCCUGAAUCAGCGGAAGCGCCGUCGCCAAGAUGAACAAGAGGCCAAUUUUUUCCGGAAUGCCAACAGCUCCAGUGCAACGCUUCGUACCCUUUCUCGUGUGAACCCGCGACAGCUUCGUCUACAGGCAUUUGAGAAGCGCGUGAGGAGGCGUCAAGAACAUCACAGCCCGCAGCCCGCGUUCAAGACAAUUCAAGACCAAGCGUUGCAGGCCUUCCCCUCCUCCACCUCCUCCUCCUCAUUUCCAUCAGCACCAUCACCAUCAUCAUCAUCAUCGUCAUCAUCAUCCUCAUCAUUAUCCUCCUCCUCAUCCUGCUCAUCCUCAUCAUCCUCUUCAUCCUCAUCCUCAUCCUCCUCAUCAUCAUCGUCAUCAUCAUUAUUAAAUUACGUUGUUGUCAUUACAACUGGCCGCAUCAUGGUCAUGCUUACCGUCGUUAGCAUCGUUUGCUCCUUCUCCUCCUCCUCCUUCCCGCUGUUGCUGUCACGAUGCUCUUCUUCUUUUUCAUCUUCUGCGCGAUGCUAG